UCUUGGAAAUACGUCUAUUGUUGGUGACCUGCGCCUGAUGGUUCUUGAUGCAAGUUAAGUCUCUACAUGAUCGGAGUUGAGGUUCGGACGUGCUGCAAGCCGCUGGGCCAUAACCACCGGGCGCAUCCACUCAAACGUUGCGCGCUCGCUCCGUUGCGACUCCGUCUUUUCUGGGGCCUCGGCAACUCCAACCUCACCUCCUCUCUCACUUACACGUCUCCAUCCCACACAACCUCCACUUCUCUCCGUAGUCUCUCAACGUCGCUUUCUCUUUUCUGAAGAAAAUCACCCCCGUCUCAUAAUUUCACAGCUACCCGCACCUUACGUACUCAGCAUACUACCUAGGUUACAGCAACCGUCAGCCAUGGCAGCAGCAACGCACAACCCGAUGCGGGCGUCCACCCCGCCGCCCGCCGUCUCCAGGACGACGAUCCACAUGUCGGGCCUCUUGUGCGACGUCUACGGUCUCGAGGAGCUCGUCGCGCGCGAGAAGCGGCCGUCGGCGGCAUCGUGUCUGUGGCUUCAUCACCCGCGGUUGCGCGCCAAGGAGGAUAUGGAGGAUAUCGCGAGCCGUGUGAUUUCCAGUUGGGAGGACAAGUCUUCUUCGUCGUCAUCAUCUUCUGCGUCGGGGUCUGGCAGUGGCAGCGGCAGGGCCCUCAUCGCCGUGGCGUUUGACCAGCAGAACCACGGCACCAGGACGGCGUCGGCGACGGCGAGGGAUAGCUGGCGCGAGGGGAACAAGACGCACGCACUGGACAUGUGGGGGAUGGUCUCGGGCAUGGUGGCGGAUAACAAGGGGCUUUUGGACGUUGUGGAGGGGUACGUGAAGAUGGAGCUGGGGCAGAGGGAUGGGAAGGCGGCGGAGGGGUGGGAGAUUGAUCAGCAUCUCGUGCUGGGGGUGAGUUUGGGCGGGCAUAGUGUGUGGCAGAUGAUGUUUAGAGAGGAGAGGGUUGAGGCUGGGGUUGUGAUCAUUGGGUGUCCUGAUUAUAUGGCUCUCCUAUCGGACCGCGCGAGGUUAUCCAAGCUGGCGACCUUUUCUGCGCAAGACAACGGCGCCUCGUUCCUCGGGAGCAGGGACUUCCCGUCCGACCUCGUUACCUCGUGCCUGCGUCACGACCCAAAGGGCAUUCUCUUUGGUACCGGUGCUGUCCCAGAGCCCGGCAGUCUCACCACCGAGAACAACGAAGAGCAGAAGCGUCUGCGCGGCGUCCUGGACGGCCUGCGCCUGCACGGCAAGAAAUUCCUCGUCUGCUCCGGCGGCGAGGAUAAGCUUGUCCCGUACGCCAUGUCGGCGCCGUUUGUGGAGUUUUUGACGGCUGCGACGGGGACGUGGUACAGCGACGCUGGGGUCGAGGUCGAGAAUAAGGUGUAUGAAGGGGUUGGGCAUGCUUUUAGCGAGGGGAUGGUUGAGGAUUCGGUUAGGUUUUUGGUUGAUGCUGUUGCUGGGAAGGACGCCGGCGGCGCGGGGGCUGGUGAGAAGUCCAAGAUUUGAGGCACUGGUAGGAAGGUAAGGGAGGGGCCAAGGAGGUUGAAGAUAAGGGGAUGAAUGU